GCGCCGGUUCAAACAUUUUUUUCUACUUCUAACCCCGGAAUCAUUACUACAGCCAGAACCAACACAAAGAUACCCAAAGUUGAAGGUAUCGGUUUCCACUCGUAUAACCUACGUUGCAUGGAAACGGCCAUCAAGCUAAACACUGCUAUCCGAAGUCGGUCAUGUCAAUCUGAACUGGUCUUCAUCACCCUGCCUGAACCGAAACAUGGCGUAUCAGACGAAUUCUAUAUGGAAUUCAUUGAAGCUCUGACCGAAGGGCUUGGCCAGGUCGUGCUUGUGAAAGGCACAGAAAAGGAAGUAGUCACCAUCUAUUCCUGA